AUGCUCCGAUUCCUGACAGUUUCCCAAAUCCAACGACUGCAUGCACGAUCCGUCGCUCUGAAUAGUGUUCCAGUCCAGCUGAGCAUGCUGGAAUCUGCAGCUCACUCGCCAAUGAACAUGAAACAUUACGCGAAGGUGGAAGAUAUUUUCCAGCUAGCUGCAAAUCCCGCGGAGAAAAUAAUGAAAAACCAUGCUUUUCAGGAUGGAAACAAACGCACUGCCCUUCUAGCCGCCGAUAUGUUCUUGAAGAUAAAUGGCUACUAUCUUCAGAAAGUACCAUUUGCAGAAGAUAUAAACAAUAGAGGGCUAGCAGAUGCCCACGUCGCCGUCGUUACCAAUCAAUGGACUUCCGAGCAGUUGGCAAACUAUUACAAAUCUGUGGCAGCUCCGCUCGAACCAGUAGAUGAAGAAGUCCUGGGUUAUAGGAGCUCAGCUAUUGAGUACUAG